AUGGCAGUCAAGAAGAAUCCACAACCCUUCGUUCUUCAGUCUCUCAACUCCUCGAAAAUCGCAAACCCUGAGAAGGCGAGGAAGGGGCGGCGCGCUGCAGAGGCGGCGGGCGAGCCGGAGGUGGCGCCAUCGCCGGCGCCGCCGCCGGUGUUCAAGACGCUCAGGGAGAAGAAGGCGGCUCAGGCGUCAGCGGAGGGCUGGGCGGCGGAGGUGGCGAGGGCCGAGGAGCUCUACGAGGAGCUGCGCGAGCGCGCGCCCCAGCACUGCCGCCGUGGCGGCAAGUGGGCGCGCGAGAAGUUCGUGAUGGCGGUGCAGGGAGAGUUCCCGCGCGCGCGAGGGGCAGGCGUUCCCAAGGGGACGGUCCUGUGCCUCGGCAGGGUGCUCGACGCGCACGAUGAGCAGGAUGACGCGGAGGGUGGGCACCGGGACUGGGAGGAGGACCCGCUCGGGUUCGACACCAACCCGAUGCUGCUCCGCGCCAUGUGCAUGGCGUUCGAGUGA